AUGGACGACCUAGACAUAGAGCUAGACAUCAUCGGCCAACAGCCGUUCAUGGUCAAGAUCUACACCCAAGUCAGCUUCUGCUUCCCCGUCACCGACCCCACCACGCACCCAACCAUCACCGCCACCUUCAGAAGCGGCCUACAGCGUCUAUCGCAGAGCUUCCUUUGGGUAGCUGGCCAAGUCAAAGACGAUGGCACUGGCGUAUUCAAGAUCAGGCCGUUCGAAGAGACACCGCCCUUGGUAGUUAAGGAUCUUCGAGAUGACCCCUCAGCACCGACAAUGGAGGGUCUGAGAAAAGCAGAGUUCCCCACGAGCAUGUUUGACGAGAAUAAAAUUGCGCCGAAAAAGACUUUGCCAUUUGGACCUGGUUUUUCACCUGAUGAUCCUUCGCCUGUGCUGAUGUUUCAGCUCAAUUUUAUUGAGGGCGGGCUCAUAUUCACUGUCAACGGACAACAUGGUUGCAUGGACAUGACGGGUCAAGAUGAGCUCAUUCGACUACUCUCGAAGGCGUGUCGCGGCGAAGACUUCUCGGAAGAAGAGAGAUCAACAAUGAACCUUGACCGCAAGACCAUCGUUCCGCCGCUCGAAAAUUACGAACUCGGGCCUGAGUUGGAUCAUCAAAUCAUCAAGCCCCCACCAACGACCGAGACCCCAACAGCGCGGCCAAAAGCAAGCUGGGCAUUCUUCUCAUUCAGUCCGCAAGCUCUGUCCGAGCUUAAAGACAAGGCGACACAAAGUCUUGACCAAAGCACAAAAUUCAUCUCAACAGAUGAUUCCCUCUCGGCGUUUAUCUGGCAAUCCGUCAGCCGCGCCCGUCUCCCCCGUUUGGAUGAUUCUACUUCGACUCAAUUCUGUCGCGCCGUCGAUGUACGCCCUCACCUAGACGUGCCAAAGACCUACCCAGGAAUCCUCCAAAACAUGACCUAUAGCGUCUCGAGCCUCUCUAAAAUCGCUAACGAGCCCCUCGGCAUCGUAGCAUCUCGCUUGCGGUCUCAACUCGGCCGCGACGAUCUCCGCCGGCGGACCCGAGCCAUGGUGACGUAUCUUCAGGACCAGACAAACAGGGCAAAUGUGUCUGUUACGGCAGAUGCGAAUCCAUCGACGGACAUUAUGUUAAGUUCGUGGGCGAAGCUGAAAUGCUGGGAGUAUGACUUUGGACUUGGAUUGGGAAAUCCCGAGAGUGUGAGGAGGCCUUUGUUUGAGCCGUUUGAGAGUCUGAUGUAUCUCAUGCCCAAGAGACCAGACGGAGAAAUAACCGCGGCGAUAUCAUUGAGGGAUGAAGAUAUGGAGAGAUUGAAGAGUGAUGAGGAGUGGAAAGCGUAUGGGAAGUUCAUUGGCUAG